UAAGAAAAAGGGUAUUUGCAGAGAAACAGUUCCAAGGGAGAGAGAGAAAGGGAGAGGGAUGGAGAGGCUGAGAAUUGGAUUUGCGUCGCCGUCAGUGGCCCUAGUAAUGGUGCUGACAUGUUUUGCCUUUGUAGCGAUGAUCCCACAAACGUCGUCGGUUCGCUACAUCGUUGGUGCAAACAUGGGAUGGACUAACAACGUUAAUUACACUAUAUGGGCUCAGGACAAACAUUUCUACACUGAAGACUGGUUAUUCUUUGUUUAUGACAGGAACCAAAUGAAUGUGUUAGAGGUGAACCAAACAGACUAUGAGAACUGCAACUCCGAUCAUCCUCUUCACAAUUGGACAACUGGAGCUGGAAGGGACGUGGUUCCACUUAAUGUGUCAAGGCCUUUCUAUUUCAUUAGCGGUAAAGGGUAUUGCUAUGGUGGUAUGAAGUUGGCCGUAACUGUUGAGAAAACACCACCGCCUCCGGCUGCUGCUCUGCCUGCAACAAAGAAUGGUGCUUCUUCUUCUUCUUCACAGUUCAUGUCCUUUGGUGGGCAGAUUGUGAUUCCUGCUGUUCUUGCCAUCGUCAUCAAUUAUGUGGCAGCCACAUGGGACUCAUUCAUUCGGCUUUGCUAGCUUGAAGAAGAUUUGAAUCAAUAUUUUUUCUCUUUUGAACUGGUUGUUUGACUAUCUAGCAUUGAUGAGCAUGUUCUUUGGGGAAGUGAACCCAUGUGCAUGUUGACAUGUUGUUGUUGUUGUUUUGAAUAUUUUACUUUUAUUAAUUAAUUAAUUUGUAGAAGAAAUGAG